AAACUCAUCAGAAAAGAAACGGCCUUCAAGCAUUUGGUGGGUGAGUCACGCUAUACGCAUCCACUCCACUCGUAGGGAACAGCGUACAGUUGAUUUCCGUGCUUAGCGCUAUUUAAACGGUGCUCCAUUUAAUUGAGGUUGCUUGAAGCGGCAAGCAGCCUUGUCCCCGUCUCAGGAAAAAAAUAAAGAAGGCAGCUGUGGUUGUGGUGAGUUUGUUGACUUUCCGUUGCCAGGCAACCGGUUGAUCGAUAUUCAUUUCUUGGCGGAGAGAGUAAUGAUACAGGUAGUACAGUAUUUAGUACACACUAUUCAGGAACUAAACUGUUUUGUCGUGUUGAUGGAAAGCUAGUUAGAUAGUUACAGUUGUGAAGUGAUCAAUCAGUUUCAAGUGAAAUAUGUUUUGUCUACAUAUUUGCGGUUGAUUUUAGUUUUGAAAAGUUUGUAAUAGCCUAAAAUGUGUUGUAGUUUCUUUCCUUCUUUCUCUUCAUUAUUGGAAAAGUUGAAUGGACAGGUUGAUUGAACUUGAUACGGAACUUUGUUGCUUAUGAAACUGUUAUUGUUAUAACCUUGAUAUUCCUCAAUUUUUUAGAAAUUUCUUGCCACUAUCUACUUAGAGAUUACUCAUAUAGGCUACAAUCUAAAUAUUAUUGUACCUAGUAGCUUACCUAUGAAGUGUUUCUAGUGUAGUAGUUUACUGAACUGUUAUUGUUAUAACCUGGAUAUUCCUCGAUUUUUAGAAAUUUCUUGCCACUAUCUUCUUGGAGAUUACUCAUAUACAAGCUGAAUAUCAUUGUAGUAAUUUUCCCUUUUAGUUUUAGAACCUACAUCAGAUGAGUUCGAGCAUUAGCAUCAUGAGAAUACCUAAUACUGGUUCUCUAUUAUGAUGAAGUGUUGCAAAAAUAAUGUAAUAUCGUUGGAUGCGAAGUGUGGAUUUGUUAUUGUGAGUGAUGGACUAAGCUUGAGAAGUCACGUGCUCUGAUAACUACUUAUGCAUAGGUACAUAACUUUGAACCAGCUGGGAGAUGGCACUUAUGGCUCUGUGGUACUUGGACAACGGAUAGAUACUGGCGAGAAGGUUGCUAUAAAAAGAAUGAAAAGGAAGUACUAUUCAUGGGAGGAAGCCAUGAACCUUAGAGAAGUCAAGUCCCUGAAAAAAUUGAGCCACGCUAACGUAGUGAAAUUGAAAGAAGUGAUAAGAGAAAAUGAUACGCUUUAUUUUGUUUUCGAGUAUAUGAAAGAGAAUCUCUAUCAGCUAAUGAAAGACAGAGAAAAGCUAUUUCCAGAGCAAGUAGUUCGUAACAUAUUGUACCAAGUGCUUCAAGGCCUGAGCUUCAUGCACAGGCAUGGCUUCUUCCAUCGAGACAUGAAACCGGAGAAUUUGCUAUGCUGCGGUCCACAACUCAUCAAAAUUGCUGACUUCGGUUUGGCCCGCGAAAUACGAUCACGUCCCCCAUACACUGAUUACGUAUCGACAAGAUGGUACAGAGCACCAGAGGUUCUUUUGCAUUCGACGACGUACUCGAGCCCCAUUGACUUGUGGGCAGUGGGCUGCAUCAUGGCAGAGCUCUACACGUUCAGGCCUCUCUUCCCAGGAAACAGCGAAAUAGACCAGAUAUUCAAAAUAUGCUCCGUUCUGGGAACACCUGAUAAGAGAGACUGGUUCGAUGGACAUCAGCUUGCCAAUGCUAUGAACUUCAGAUUUCCGCAAUUCAGGAGGACUCCGCUGGGUUCACUGAUUCCUCACGCCAGCCAUGAUGGCAUAGUCCUUUUGGAAGCCCUUCUCAACUGGAAUCCCAGCAAAAGGCCCACUGCUCAUCAUUCAUUAAGACAAGCCUACUUCCAAGUGGGCCAACGACUGAGUGCCGUUGGGAUGCAGGAAUACUCAGACAGUAACAGCCGGUUGCAGCCGAAUAACACCAAUAGCAAUAACAAUGUCUCGGCGCAAAGCACGGUACGUUUGGGCAUGAGCACACGCCAACCCGGCUCCAUACCUGUAUCGGUGUCCAUCAACGAUAAAGAUCUCACUCAGUUAUUAGGGACGACGAAAGUUUCUCAAUCGACAGUUAGACCGUUGAAGGAAAAUCGUAUUUGGUACCAAUCAGAAACGCCAGCUCAAAAAAAUAAAAUAAGUGCCAAGCAACAUUAUCUCUCCAUUGCUCGCUAUGUAGCGGGUCAGUCCACCAAUCUUAACUGCAAUGAGCAAUAUCAAAAGAAUGUUAAAAAGCCGUUAGCAACCAGACAAGAGACUGAUGUGAGCUUGCUGAGCAAUCCAAAUGCGAUGGGCGGUGGUGCAGGUGGAGGGGCGAACAGUGGGGGUCUCAACCUCAACAUCAGGGGUGCAGCGCCACUUGUUCAAGGCCGUACUGAUUGGGCUGCCAAAUAUUUGAAGUGAAAAUGAGAAACGAGCAACUAAUCAACUUCGGAUUCGAUCUACAAAAUUCCUUUGAGAUCUAGUGU